UGUAGAAGAAACGCAAAGCAAAUUAUGCUACAUAGACUUCACUGAGGAACACAGAUAGCCCCGCAAGCAGCUUAUGAUAAAAGGAGAUGUCAACCUUCCAACCUUCACGAGCUUAGGAGCUGCUUGGUGGAUUCGUUAAGAGCAGCUGCUUUAAUGAAAGCGUGCAGUGAUAUCGGUAUAGGUUCGUCGGUGCUAAACCUCGCUCGACUGAGAAACGUGGUCGUCCGGCGCCGUGCGCGGUUUGGCGGGGGACUUCGCACCCAGAGCUGCAGAGCAUUUUGUAGUGUAGGGUUCAAUCCUAAAUGGCUCGGAAUAUUGUAAGUGCUCAGCAGCAUUGCACUUGUGUUGCCUGAUGCCUGGCGUCCCUCAGACUCCGCUUCCACGAUAAUCACGACUCGCGACACUAGUCCACUCGCCCUGUAUACAUUACAUUAAAGCCAAUACGUAUAUAUUGAUUACUGAAGCACCUAAUCCAGCCCUUCCUGUGAAAUCCUCUUCCUCAAGCGAGGCCGAAACGACUUGACCGCCACUAGAAGCUAUCAUUUCAAGAGAGUACUACACUACCAAUGAAGGCUCAGGGCUCAGUUCUGCACGGCCAACUCAGAGCCUGACGCUUUGCAUUCUUGGUGCAUACUGCCCUGGUUUACUCCAACUUGUUUCCAAGUAUUAAACUAGGACCCCUGCCAACUUCUGGGAUGACCGAACCCUGAUAUUGAGGUCCGUGGUUAUUGGCAUGGCCUCGGCGCAGCCGUUGUCGCCCGACCUCGACAGCACCAGGAGGAGCUUGUCGCUUGGCCAGGCAGCAGAUGUGGAGGCGGUGGAUGAGAGCGCGGCCGAGGAUCCCGCGAUUUUCCCGCCGGGGGCGCGAAGACGACGUAGACGGCGGACUGGGCUCUUGCUGCAGCUGCUGCGCAGCGCGUGUUGGCCAUGCGGCACGCCACGCGGACCUGCCUCAGGCGCCGGACACGAAGGUGGCGGCGGCGGCAGCGGCGUGAUGGUCCCCAGCAGCACGUGUCCGCACGUCCGCACCAGCGGCCCCCAGGUUGCCCCACCGCCAGCAGGACCAGCACCUGGGCCUGCUCCCCAUGUGACAGCUGCCAUUCCCAGCAGCGCUAUCAGCUCAACGCUUUCAGGUGCCUUGACAGCGCCCGCCGCGGCCGCGCCGGCGGUGUCUGCUGCAGCCACUUUGCCCUGUCCGCCUGUGGCCGCCGACUCGUCUCUCAGUCACGAACUCACCGCAACCGUGGGCCAAGCAGGUGCCCGCGGCCUGACGAACUACGCAACAUGCUCGGCCGGCGCUUCCCAUGCCCUUGCGGCAGCCUUCCUCUACGCCCGCAAUCGCAGCCUUGACCGGCUCCAGAACCACCGCCAGCCGCAAGGCUACCUGGCGGCCCCGCCCGCCUUGCGCGGCUCUCCUAGUGGCAGCGGUGGCGUCCGGCGCAACCCCAGCCCCACGCGGCGGGCCUCCGCGACCAGCAGCAGCCGUUUGUCAGCCAUGGCGAUGGCGGGCACGGCCUCAUCUGGGGCCGGCGCGGUGACGACAGCGGUGGGCUCUGCAACUGUGUCGGGCGUCGUGGGCUGCACCAGCGGUGGCAGCACGCCGACGCACGCAGGCGCGACGGCGGGCGCAACUCGUGGUGGCAGCGCCGGCCCAGGCAGCGCCGGACCUAUUGGCAGCAGUCGUAUGUCCCUGGGGGGCCCGCCGUUCCGCAACGGUGCGGCCACCGCGAGUUCGCCGUUCACGUCGUCCGCGACGCUGGCUGCGAUGAUGGCAGGCGGCGGUGGUGUCGGAGCCGCGGCCCAUGCGGGCUUACUGCCCAGCGCCCGCUCACGCCUCUCACGUGCACACAGCCUGGCCGUAGCGGUGGCAGCCGCAGCUGCUGCAGCCGGCGCUGGCGGCAGCAACAAUGGCAGCGGCCUGGCACCGCCGCCCGCCGCCGUGGCCGCCGCGGCCGUUCUAGGCUACGGCCUGAGUUCGCCGUCGCAGCCCGACACGCUGGACUCCUGGCGCUUGGGCGGCAGCAGCGCACCCAUCGCAGUGGAGUCGCAGUUCAUAAACCCCAACAGCUCAACCGGCGGCGGCUCCUCAUCGGUGGCCCUGCCGCCGCGCGCCUCGCACACCGCCGUCUGCCUAGCCGCCGGAAGCGGUGGCGCCGGCGGCGGUGGCAGUGGCACCUGUGUCAGCACUGCAGUCAGGCCCGCGCAUCGCGCAAGUCACGGGGUUAUGGGCAGCAAGUUCCUCGGCCCCACAGCCGCAGGCGGCGGCGGCGGUGCCGCUGCGCUGUCGCGUGCCACGUCCGCGGCCUCGCUCAACCACGCUGUCGGGAUGGUGCCCAUGGCUCUCAACUCACUGGCCUCCUCCAUCAUCUCAGCCGCCGGCGCGGCGCCACCUGCUGCUGGUGCUGGUGCUGGUGCUGCGGUGGUGGCUUCCGGGAGCGCGCAGCAGCACCAGCAGUCACAGUUCCAGGCCGUGGGAAUACUGCCGGCGCUCAUGCAGCCCGCGUGGGAUGGCGACGAGCUCUCCACGGUGGGCUCCCUCGCAAGCAGCGUCAUGUGCCCGCUGCCGCUGCUCACUGGCACGCGCACCAGCCUCAUAGAAGACGGCGGCCUCGGCUUUGCAGAGCUCAUGAAGGGAGCCGGCUGGCGUGGCGGCGGCGGGGGCCUCAUGUCGGGCGGAGCCGGGAUGGCACCUGGUUCAGGAGGCGGAGCCGGGGCAGCUGAGGCGGCGGCGCUUGCGGCGGCUCUUGGCGGCACGCCGCCUCUGGGUGUCUGGCCACCGGGGCUACUGGGGCUGACGGGGUUCGACAUGGGUGGCAUGAGUGAGCCAGCCGGCGGCAGCGGAGCUGCGGGGCAGUGGCGCCUCAGCUUUGGCACCGGCCUGCCCAUGUCGCUACUCGGCGGGGGCGGCGGCGACGUUGCGCUCGGGGUCGCCCCGCUGACACCAGGCGGCGGCGGUGGCGGCUGUUCCAUGCCGCCGUCGGCAAGCUGGCUGGCUGACGGGCCCUACAGCGGCAUCUUUCCAUCUGUACACGGCGGCGGCCUGACAGGGAUGGCGGAAGACCCAGCCGCCCAGCUCGGCUCCCCAGCAGACAUGUUCUCGCCCGAUGACGCUGGCGCGCCGUCGCUGGCAGCUGCCGGCACGGCCAGCAGUGCCGCGGCAGGCUCACGCCUGCGCAUGUCGCAUGGGUACCUGUCGCCCACAGACUACACAGCCGCAAUGGAUUCGGGCAGCGUGGGAGCCGGCGCCAGUAGCAUCGGAAUCCUUUUAGGGCCGGCAGCAGCGGAAGCCAGCACACAUGCAGCCCCGGCGGCAGCAGCAUCGGCAGCAUCGGGUGGCCCGCCCAGCACUAGCAGCACGCCAUCGCGGCUGCGCGCGUGCCUGACAAACUGGGGCCGUAAGCGUAUCGGCUCCCUCGGGCGCAGAAUCACGUCAAUGUCGCCGUCGCUGUGGAAUGUGCCAGAGGAAGACGGCCGAUGUAGCUCCGCCUCUGCCGCCGCCAUACCCUGCUCGGCCCUCACUGCGCUCCAUGAGCAUGCGGCGGCGGCGGCUGCCAUGGCGGCAGCGGCCGUCACUGCCGCGGCCGCCGUCACUGCGGACUCCCGCAUGGCAGCUGCACCUUCCUCGUGCGCCGCUGACAUUCCUGGCGCCGACGUCGUCGUUGGUAGAGAUGGCGACCUUACUGUGGGAAUCACACAGAGCGCGGGGGGUACGCCGUGCGAGCUGGGUCUGGCAGGCAUGCCGUCAAGCCUCACUGCAGAGCCGCUGGACGUUGAAGACAGUGGCGUAGGAGAUUCUGAUGGGUCUGACGCCGUGCUCAUUUGCGGUGAGCGCGUGAAGGGCUCAGGGGCAGGAGGUGAAGGGACAGCAGCGGCGGCAUGCAGCAGCCGCGGCGGCCACGUCAGCAAUAGGCUGCUGGCCGGCGGCGGCGUCACCGCCGCCGCGGCGAGCGGCCUGAGCAGCGGCCAGGGCGGCUUGUCCCGUGAGCACACUGCGGAGGAGCGCGAGGAGCAACUACCACUACGCGGGGCUGAGGGGGUGUCAGGCGAGCUGGCGAGCGUUGGCGAGAGGGAGCUGCCGUCGCACAAGCCGCCGGUGCCGCGGCGGUUGGAGACGGCCUCAGCGCUAAAUCUUGAGGACGCACGCCGCCGUCUGCGGCCGCUCAGCAUCCCGCGCAGCUCCUCCGUUCACCAGCAGGAGGGGCCGGUGCUGCCCAGCCGUGGCGGCUCAACUGGGGGCGUGGUGGUGGCUGCCGGCAGCUGCCUCGGGGCCCAGUCCGGCCCUGUCGCUACCAGUGUGGCGUAUCUGUCCGCCUUCCCUGUCGCGCCCCACUCCCCGCUGGGCUCGCCAGGCACACAUACGCGCAAGCACGCUGACACUGUCUUCAGCGCUGCGGCCACCGCGGCUGCUGCAGCCGCCUUGGCGUCGUACAACAGCAGUGGCCGGUGGAUGCGUGGCGGGCCACUGCCGCCUCCCUCAGACGCCAGCACGCCAGCAACAAAUGCCGCCAUGGCGGCGGCGGCCGCCGCCGUGGACUUGAGUGCGUUCGCGGCUGGCUGUGCCUCGCCGUGGGCGUCGCUGCCGACGUCGGGCCUCGCGAGCCCGAUGCACAGCCGGCUCGCGCUCAUGGCCGACCUGGCGCCGGGCAUCAUGGCGGCGGGCGGCGGCGGCGGCGGCGGGAGUGGCAUGUACGGCGCCUUGCUGCGGGACUGCUGCGAUGGCGGCGGCGGCGGCGCACUGUCACGCCAGCCCAGCAUGAGUCUGCAGGUCAGCUGUCCAACGGAGGUGACGCUGCAGAAGCUCAUCGGCCGCGGCUGCGCCGGCCGUGUGUACCGAGGCCUGUGGCGUGGCGAGACGGUGGCAAUCAAGGUCAUUACCUGCACCGCCGCCGCCGCCGCGCCACCCGGCGGCACCGGCACCAGCAGUGCCAGCACACACGGAGAGGCGGGUGUGUUCGCUGACUGCUUCGGCCUGCGCGAUGAUGAGGUCAAGAAGAUUGAGCAGGAGGCGGCGCUGGGCAUGGUGCUGGUACACCCCAACAUCGUGGCCACCUUUGCCGCCUUCACCACCGCCGUCUCUGCGCCGCCGCGGCCGCCAACCCAGCAGCAGCUGCACAGCUCCUCCCAGUUGCACAUGCCCAACACAGCAGGCGGCGCUGGUGGCGGCACCGGCAUCGCGCCGUCUUCCGGUCAUUUCUGGAUGGGUGGCGCCGGCAGCGUUGCGUCCUGCUCCUCCGCUUACACAACGCUGGACAACGCAGCGCAAGGGCAGCGGCCGUCGCAGGUCGUGCCCGGCAGGGCGAGCGGCAGUGGUGGCGCAGCCGCAGCCGCCGCGGCGGCGGCGGCUGGCCUGCUGCAGCGCGGUAAGACGUCUCAGAAGUGGCGUAUGCCGCACGAGUCGUCGCUCACCGGAAUUCCUGCCGCCGGCUCGCCUGCAGCCGAUGGCGGCGGCAGCGGCUCGUUCGUGACCAUCAUAUCUCCCGGGGCCAUCGCUGCCGCAGCGAUGGGGCUCGGCGGGGUUGCAGUGGGCUCGGGUGCCGCCAGUGCCGCGGCCGCACCUGCACUUGUUGGCGGUGGUCACGGUGGCGGCGGGGCGCCGUCGUCUAGCCCUCGCUGCACCACACGCAUGGGGGCAGUGGGCUCGCUGGGCCGCUUCCCGCUGUCACGGCAGCUCUCCACCCUCAGUCGCGUUUCUCACGGCAUGCCGGGGCAGCAGCAGCAGCUGCUGCAGCUGCCGCCGUCACUGACGAUGGCCUCGGCGAGCGCAGCAGGCACGGCGCAUUACUCGGCUGCUGCCGGGACAAACCACAACGGCACCGCCCCUGACGGACUUCCGCACGACGCCACUGCUGCCGCCGCUUAUCCGCCCUACCGCCGCGCCUCCAGCACCAUCUCUGGCUGUGUGCCGUCCAGCUACCUGCCUGCCGGGGAUGCGGCGGCGGAGGCAGCUGCUGGAAGCCAGCACCCGGAACAGCAACAGCAAGUAAUGCAUGGGAGCCGCUCGCAGCAGCUGGUGCACCUUGACACGUCGGCGCUGGCUGCGGCCGCGCCCGGGUCUGCGGCGGCGGGACCGCAAGCGGCGGUUUCCUCGUCCGGGCAACUGGGGGCGUUCUCGCCAGUCCGCAUGCGCUCGGGCACAGCCUCCACGGCGGGUCUCUUCCGCCCGAACAGCACCACUACCAGCAACAGCGGCUUUGCGCCUGGUUUCGCUGGCGGCGGUGCCAACGCGACCGGCGGCGGCGGCGGCGGCGGCGGCGGCUCCUGGGCUGCGCCAGGGGGCCACGGUCUGCCGCCGCACGUCAUCAGCCCCAGCCCUCGCCCCCAGUCGCCCAUGCGCUGCGGCAGCCUGGGAGACAUGUCGUUCUCGCGCUUCAGCGGCGGCUAUGCCGGCAACAGCGGACACAUCGCCCUUACCGCCGCCGCCUCCACAGCGGCGGCGCCGUCCGCGGGCUACGGCCUCACGGCGGCGUCCUGCGGCUCGCCGAUGCUGCAGCAGGGAUCGCCGGGUAUGCCGCCGCCGCUGGCGUCGGCGGCGCCGCCGCCGCCUCGUGCGACGCGAUGGGAGACGUUCAUCGUUAUGGAGCUGUGUCCGUGCGGUUCGCUGCGCUCCGCGCUUGAUGCCAAGCUGCUGCAUGACAAGCGCACCGGCGCGCCCAAGCUCCACGAGGUGCUGCCGCUGGCCUGGGAGGUGGCGUGCGCGCUGCAGUACCUGCAUGCCAACGGCGUCCUGCACUGUGACCUGAAAGCCGGCAACGUCAUGCUCGCGGAGGCCGCGCCGCCACCGCCUGGCGCCAGCAGCGAUGGCAGGUCCUCCGCCGCAGGGUCCGCAGCCGCCUCCACCGUCUCAACCGCAGCCAGCGGCGGCGCGCCAGCCGGUGCUUCGGCCCCGGAGGGCGCAGCCACGCCGCACACGCCUGCUGCCGUCUCCAUUGCACAGCAGCUACUGCUUGGGUCCACGACAGCGUCCGUCACCCCGACGCCGCGCAGCAGCAGCCGCCAGGCGCCCACCGGUAACGCCUGGCCGACGUACACGGCCAAGGUCGCGGAUUUCUCACACAGCAUGCAAGUGGAGCUGGCGCUGCGGCGGCUGCAGCAACAGGCCGGAGGCGGCGCAGGCGGGGGUGGCGGAGGCAUGGAGGGCGAGAUGGCAUCGCCCUCCCACGCCGCGCCGGAGCUGUUUGAGGAGGGCGCCAAGCCCACCUUUGCAUCGGACAUCUACUCGCUGGGCGUGGUGCUCUGGGAGCUGUACGGCGGCCGCAAGCCGUACGACAAAUACACAGUGGGAGACGUGCUCGCAGCCAAGCGCAGCGGCGCCCCCACCGAGCACCACCUGACCAUCCCACCUGCCUGGCCGCCCGCCCUGGUGUCCGUCAUACGCCGCUGCUGGGCGGCGGAGCCGGCGCAGCGGCCGGCGAUGAGCGAAGUUGUGGGCACGCUGCUGCAACUGUGCCGCUCCACGCUGCCACACAUAAGGCUGAGCUACCCGGUCAUGCUCAGCCCUGCGGGCGAGGAGGGUACAGACCAAGGGGGCAAGAAGGCGGAGGAGGCGGGCGGCAGCAGCGGUGCGGGCGAGGUGCGCCCCAGCUUCGAGCUGGCGGCGGCCGCCGGCGUGGCGACGUCGAUGGGCGUCAUGGGAGGACAGUCGGCGGCGGCGGCGGCGCGGUCCACGGAGGAGGAGACACGCUGCAUGCGCGUUCUGCAAGACGCACGGGCUGUGAUGGAGGGCGUGCUCGCGGUGCUGCCUGACGGCUUUGCCUCGGAGCCGCACCAGCACAGCGCUCCUCUGCGGUCGCCACCGCUGGGAGCCUUGACCGCCACAGCAGGGCCCGCGGCGGGGGCUUCAGCGGGGCCUCUGGAUGGCAGCCAUGCGCGUAGCACAGGUCCUGCAGCCUACGCCACCACCGCUGGCGACGCCGGCAAUGGCAUACGCUCGUUACCUUUCGUCACACUUCCAACGGCGGUGCUGCCGGCUGGUGUCAAGACAGAGGUAGAGGCGGCCGCGGUGGCAUACCUGCAGUCAGCGGCGGGGGACUCCACUGCCGUUGCGGCGGGAACAGUAGCCGCUGCUGGGGUAGGCUUCUCUGUCCUUUCGCCGGUCGAGGCGCAGCAGCAGGUGCUGUCAUCACCACCGAGAGCGGCAGGACGUCUUUGCUCUCACGAGCUUGAGCAACUCUGCCAGAUUCUGGUGCUCGAUACAUCUCCAGCCAAACAUCCCAGGCCUCAAAUUGAGGCAGCUGCACCCCGAAACGCGCGUGAGCAUGGCUUCGCUGCGACCUCCACCGCCGCCACAAACGCAGCUGGCACCUCAAGUAAAGCUGCCGCAGGAGCGGCCAUGGCCGUGCCUGCCGCGUACUCAAGUAACACCGCUUCGAGCCAGAACUGUGGCUCCGGCAGCCAGCCGGCUCGGGCGUCGCUACAGGGCCCGGGACCGGAUGCAGCUCGCGAAGCCGGCUCAGAGCAGCCCACCUCACCCUCCGCGCCAGGAGCGCGGGCCAGCAGAAGGCUCAGCCUCAGCGCCAGCGGCCGCGACGACGGCGGCUGCCAGCACAGCAUUGGCACCCCAACGGCUGUCACUGGCGGCGGCAGCGGCGCAACGAGCAGUAGCAACCGCCCCGCUGACGGUGCCGGCGCGCUUCAACCCGCGUCGGAGCGGCUUCACGGCCUGCUGCGCAGCGGCCGCCGCCCCACGUCCGUCACCUACACCAGCCGCGCCCGCGGGCUGCAGCGGCACCUGCACCACAGCCUUUCCUCCCGGCAACAGCACCUGAUGCCGUCGUCGGGGCACCCGCGCGGCUUCCUGCGUGCCUCUGCACCCGUGCUGGAUGCGAGCCUGCUCCGCCACUCGGACGUGCCCCUGGUCGACCUCGACGCCGAGAUAAGCACUGUGGAACGCCAUGACUCGGACGCUGCCUUAUCCGCAUCUGGCCUAGCGCAGGGACUGCGGGAGGUUCAGCAGCACCUGGCGGCGGCAGCGGGCAACAGCGGCUCGCCAGCCCUUACCACACGCUCCUUAUCCCGGCGCCAGACUUCGCAGUGCGGCAAUUUGAGUACGCAUUCUCUGCCGUACUCCGUCGCCUCGGCGUCGCAGCCGCCGAGCUCGUGGGGAGCAGCGACCGCCAGUGUGGGCGGCGUGUACAGCGGCGACGGCGGGCGCGGUGGCGGCGGCAGCAGCACUGCGCCUAGUGGCAAUGCACGGUGUGUGUUGCAGCAGCACCCGCACCAGCAGCACCGCUCGCAGCAGCAGGGCCCUGGAGCCAGCAACACCACGCUGCUCACCACCACCAACACCUCUGUCAGCGGUGAACGGCUCGGCGGCGGGCCCAGCGCCGGCACCUCGCUCCGCUCUCUGUCAAGAGCCAUGCGCUCGUGCUCCUCUUCAGGCCUGAACUUGGUCGCCGCCGCCACAGUCAGCACCAGCUGUGAUGCUGACGGCGCCGAGGGAGGUUUGGCGCAGGCCGACAUGCCAGGACGUGACAGCGAUAACAAGGGGUCAUCGUGUGGUUCACAUGCCCAGGGCCCUCCGCAAGCGCUGCUGGCCUCAACCUGUUCCCGAGGCGAUGGCGUACGUGCAGCCGCUGCCCCUGAGGCGCAACCACCGCCAGCGACCGGCUUCGUAAGCCUGCAGGGCAGCAGCAGCCGGCCUACCGACGUUGCAGCUAGUGCCGCAGCAGUAGCCACGUCAGUCCCGGCAUUUGCCGAGAUCAGCCCGGCAGUGGCUGCAGGGGACUACAACGUCAGCCCGGCGGCUGUAGCGGCCAACGCCAGCAGUGGCACCAGCCCUGGCCUGUUGACAGCAGCGGCAGUUAUGGCAGUAGCAGCAGCUGGUGUCGACCAGUUGCCUUCACCCUUCAGCUCCUCUACAGCAUCCCAGUAUGCUUCAUCUGCAGGCCUCUGCACGCCGCGGAAUGCUUCCAGCCUUGCGCCGGAGUUGGCAUGCUCGGGCGCCCCAGGAGCCGGUUCCGCUUCUGGCGUCGCGGCUGUGCCCGCAGGUUUCUCACCCUUUGCGUCCGGCAGUGGCCAGACAGCGUCGAGCUCGGGCGCAACUGAGGUUGUGUCGCGCGUGAUGCACGUGCUGACGCCGGCGCACAGCGGCGGCGCUAGCGCCGCGAUGAUGGCUGCUGCUGGCACCGCCGCGCCUGCGCCGGUGGUGGCCCGCGGCUUCGCCCGCCGCACUGCCAGCAUUCACGAUGUGCCAAUGCUUGGCGUCAGUCGCCUUGCGCCGCUGCCUGAGCUGGAGUCGUGCCACAGCAUUAACGCAUACCUGCACGCCAUGGAGCAGCUGAACGGUGGACUGGGUAGCGCCGGCGCGGCCGGCGGUGCGGGCAGCAGCAGCCAGCCGCAAGAGGCCGCCGCUGCUGGGGAGGAGGAGGCGGGGAACAGCACACGGGCUGUCGUCACAAGGCAUCGCCGGCACGGCACGCAGCCGCAGCUGUUGGAUGACAUAGAGCUGACGGAGGCGGUGGCAGCGGCGGGGUCGGGCCUGCGGGCCGAAGGCGUUGAAUGGAUGCCUUUCAUGGAUGAAGACUGGCAGCAGCAGCAGCCGCACCCGCGGCGGCAGCAACAGCAGCAGUCUACCGGUGGCGCCCGGGAGCACGGCAGCCGCCAGCAGCCGAGAAUGGUGAUGUCGCCAGGCGACCUGCAUGAGGAGAUGCUGCCGCCCCUGCCCCGCGCCGGCCGCGCUGCUGCCAGUAGCGGUAUGCCGGUGGCGGCGUCUCCCCGCCUCGAAGUGCGCAGCGGCAGUCGGCGGUCCGGUGGUGGCGGCGGCGUAGGAGGCGGCGUCGCCAUAAUUGCUGGGCCUGCCUGUAGCGACAUCAGCGGUGCAAGUGCCGGCGUGGGGGCUGCUGGAAGGCACGGAGGUGAUCCGAUGUGGUCGCCCGUUUUCAGCGGGUCUCCUGGCAUGGGCUGGCAUGGCGUCCACGCGCUACACCCACUUCACCCGUAUGCGCCUGCGGCCGGCGCCCCGGCCGCGGUGUCGCCGCAGCAGCUGGCUGCGGCGGCCGCGGCCGCCGCCGCGGCCGCGGCCGGCAACGUUGCGAUGGUGAGCAGCAGCGGCCAGCAGGACGACCUGUUUGGCUUCGAGGUGAUGUCACCGCCAUCCGUGUCGCGUGGCCACACCGGCGGCGCCGGAGGCUUCAGCGGCUUGUUCUCGUCCUCGGCCUGGUGUCUCAGCGCUUAUCCUCCGACGCCCGGCUUGGAAUCCUUGCCCGGGCCCCCCGCGCAGCUGUCCACCGCAGCUGCAGUGGCAGCGGUGGACGCGGCUGAGCGGCACCACCGGCACCAAACCCAACAGCAGUCGGCCGCAGCAGCCGCUUCCAUGACGGCUGUUGCGCCCGCCGCGGUCAUGCACACGACCGCAGGCGCUGCGGUGCCUGCUGCAACAAACAUCGCGACGGCCGGCAGCGCUAUUCACCGCGCAACGUCAGGCGGCACCAUCAGCACCGCCACCCUGCUGCUCCCAGGCAUGCCGCCAAUGCCAAGCUACGGAACCUCAAGCCUGCCCCACCGUCCUCUGUACCAGCAGCACUACGCCGUCCCCGCCGCGCCGCCACCGCUGCUGUACCAGUCGCAUCAGCCGCAUCCGCAGCAGCCGCAAUGGCAGCUGCUGCCGCGCACCGGCAGCUGCGGCGGCAGCGCCAUGUCGCCCCAUGCGAGCGGUGGCGUGGCAUCCAACGGCGGCGUCGGCCUCAGCGCUCGUGGUAACCCGGCACGUGCUUACUCCAGCAGCCCAUACCAGUCGCCCAACCUACUGUGGCAUCACCAGCAGCACCACCAGCACCAUCACCAGCAUCCAGGCACACCCUCUGCGUACGGCGCGAGCAACACCAGCACCCGGACGGAUCUGGGGAGCAUUCUGGGCACGGCUGCAGGCCCGCUCGGGCUCAGCCCCGUUUCAGCCAGUGACAUCCCAGUCGCUACGGCGCCUUCGCCGGCGGGUGCUAUGCCGCCCUGCCCCCCGGAUGCCUUCAUGACCACCACAGCCGACCCCGCCAGUGGCAGCCACGCUGGUGGCCUCUCCCCAGCCGCACCGCGGCCCCUGCACACGGGUGCGGCAGCUGCUGCCGCGUCGCCACGGCGGGAGCUCUCCGCAUCGGCACAGCCGUCACCGGCGCGACUCCAGUUGCAGGGCACCUCACGACACGCACUGCAGCCUGCCUGGCCCCGCCACAGAAUGGACUCGGCGGCGGCCCCUGGUUCUGCUGGCCCGAGCAAUGCCGCGGCUGCGUUGGCCGGCGGUGCCGCCGUCGCGAAUGCCGCCGCUGUGCCGCUGCUGCUGCCCGGGGCCGAGCUUCGCGGCGUCCCAGCAGCUGCCAUUUCUUUUGGCAGCUACUGCGGCCCACUGCAGGGAAUAUUGCCCGGGAGUACUGGGCCCGAGUCUCAGAGCGCAAAGCCGCGGUCCUUUAUGCGCUCGUCGCUGCCAGGACACCCCGGCGGUGGCGGCGGCGGUGGCGGCAGCGGCGCCAAAUCGCGUGCAGCCACCUCGGAUCUAGCAGGCCCUGCGGUCGCGCAAGGUGCUCCGAUGGGCGCCAUCGUCGGCGACGGGCUGAGUGACCACCGCUCAGAGCCGCAGCCGGGCGCGAACCGGCCGCGAUCAAACCGCUCCAACCCGCUCCUCUACCAGGAGCACAGCUACGGGCCCUGCGAUAUAUCCCCACCGCCGCAACUGGUCGACGACGGCGCCGCCGCCCUGGCCACCAUCAGUGGGAUCUUGGCGCAGGCUGGUAGAGUUGGAGCUGGAGCGGGUCUGAGCCGUGUCGUGGCAUCGGGCUCUGCGCACCACACACAGCACGCGCAUUACUACGCACAUCAGCAUGCAAACCACGCGCACCACGCGCCGCAUGGUGCAGCUGGCGGGAGCUACUGGCAUCACUACGGAGACGCGGGCAGCGAUGCAGGCUCCUUUUCAGUGGCCCACAGCGGCAGCUUGUACGGCAGCUACGGCUGCGGACACAGUGGCUACGGCAGCCUUGCGGCCGCGCUGGCGUCGCAGCACCACCACCGGCACCCGUCACAGCCGUUGCCGCACCUGCAGCACUCGCACAGUCAGGCGUACGGUGCCAACGGCGCGGCGGCGUUGACGCACAGCGUGGGCGGGCGCGCAAGACACCACGGCGGCGGUUAUGGGCCGCCAGCAGGCAGCAGCGCCGCCAGCAGCGUUGUCGGCGCCUCGUCGAGGCGGCGCAACCGGCAGCACAGCCGCAUGUUCACUACGGAGGAGCUGGAGGCAGCGCUGAGUUCCAUUCCACGAUUCGGCGACAGUGCAACUUCCUACUAUCUGUACAGCAACAUGGCUGCAGCGGCGGCGGCCCAGCAGCAGCAGCAACAGUCAGCGGCGGCGGCGGCGGUCGCUGCGGCCGCUGCGGCGGCCCACCAGCUGGGCACGUCACCAGGGCCGCAAUCGCCGGCGGCGGGGCUCCAUCGCUAAUGCCGUAGAGGACGGCAGCUGCGCGUAAGAAAUGACGCUGAAGAGUGAAGGCAUCAAGCAGCUGUGUUCCAACCAAGGAUGAAGAAAGCGAAGACAGAAGGUCUUCUUGGCGAUCUGGUUAUAAUCUUAGCAGCGAAGCACGGACAAAGGCGUAUGUAAGCUACGGUGAUGAAUCUAGCUAGGCAGCUAGCUAGCAAACGUAUGAAGCAGGUGUUGGGGGGGCAGGCACCGGGUGGUAGAUUCACCCCACACAAACAAGCAUGGCCUGGGGCAUGCACAAUCCCGGACGCCAUCAUCAACGAGCUGGACGCGGACCUGACGGCGACAAAGCGGGCGCACGAGGAGGAGGUUGCCGACCUGAAACUGGUGCACGGGCAGGAGGUCUGCGAGCUGAAACAUGUGCACGAGGAGGAGGUCCGGGAGCUGAGGCGGGUGCAUGAGGAGGCGAUUGGUGAGCUAAAGCGGGUGCACGAGGUGGUUGGUGAGCUAAAGCGGGUGCACGAGGAGGAGGUCCGCGCGCUGAAGGAGCUGUUUGACGUCAGCUAGGGGGCAGCGGGCAUGCAGCGGGAGCUUGAUGGAUGGAUGGAUGAUGGAUGAUGGACAAUGAGCUAAUGAAUGAGCUAAUGAACGGGCUAAUGAAUGGGCUAAUGAAAGCAUGAGAUACAAUGGUCUGCAAGGAGCGUGGAUAAUCCGUGGACAAUGGACAAUGGUCUGGCACGGAUGAUGGAUUAGCGUGGAUGGACUGAUGGACUGAUGAAUAGAUGAAUGCUAGAAGGCGGUGAAAAGAAGGAUGUUGUUCAUGGUCGCGCACUAUGCACAAUUGCGUUUUGGACCCACCUUGGCCGCAGCUUGUGAAACUGCGGAGUCCAUUACGUAAACAGGAAUUGGACACUGUGUGGUAACAGGUGGUACGUUGGGGGGCGUGUAGGCGUGCGGCCUUUCGGCGCUUCCGGCGCUGUCGCGGGAGCACCAGCAGCAGCAGGGGGUCGGGUGAUGAUGUGGGGCGCGGUGUAUGGAGGUGGCAUCCUGUAUGUUGACCUGGGCGCUUCAGUACGCUAAGCCAAGUCGUCACUGGUUCAAUUUUGUGGCGUGAGAGCCGCCUCACCCCGGUUAGUGCACGUGCUUGAGUGCUGUGCCGCAGAAGGGUGCAGGUACGCACGGGUAUGGGCAAUCAAGUAGGCGCGGUGGGACAGGUGAAAGGUGGCGAAAUCCCGCGAUCGAUCGUGUGGUGCAACCCCAGGGACGUGAUGGCGAUGCGCCCUAAGAGAAAGAUACGGGCUACCAGGUGACGCGGACGUGUGGCCGACAAUGAAGUAGCAGUACAUGAUGACCAAUGCAGACUGGCGUGCUGUUGGGCCAUGCUACAUACGCUUCUGAGGUUUAGCGCUUACGCAAGCCCACAACUAAAUUGUAUGAGCAUUUCAAUAAGCGCUUCAACGCUGUCCUAGGCCCGAGACCUGGCUGAGAUGGUGGUAUGGUGGUAUGGUAGGUGGUAUGGUGGCCGCAAAUGCUAAGAAGAGGCUGCUGGAGGCUGAGAUUGAGGCUAAGGUGGAGGUGGAGGCUAUGGCUAAGGUGGAGGUCGUGGACCUGUGCAGCUCUGAUGGUGAUGAGUGAGAGGCGGGAGGAGAGAGAGUAUUAUGAGUCAGCAGCAGGUGUACAGUCAUUACGAACUCGCUCGCAUGAGACGGAUUACUGAGAUUUUUUGAGACUGUGCUUUUUUACUGUGCUUGUAGGUGCUUAGUAGGCGCCCGCGUCAAGGUGGCUGGGUUGGUAACGACCCGGGAGGGGAGGGCUCAGCCCUUUUCCUGCCUCCCUAAGGCAGCCACCUCCUUGUUUGAGACUGUAUGCACGGAUUAUUGAAAUGGAUUAUUCCUACGGAUUAUUAAAUCUUUUUGUGACUCAGUUGACCCGCCUCUGAGAGUGGCCACGCCUUCUGCCAGUCUUUGUCAUCGAAAGUUGUGGUAAAGAGAACACCAUGUAGCAAUUGUCGUACACGCGCCCAUGCAGCCGCCGGGGGAGUUACUUAGGACGACCGGCUUGGCAAUUUAGGGUAACCCGUGCCCGCGGCAGAGCCCUUCUCUCCCGGACUUUUGGUAAUCAAGAUCGAGGCCAGGACUGGCCAGGAGGCCGUCAAAGAUUGAGACUCUGCCCUGUAACCCUCAAGAUCU